AUGACUCGGCGAGAUUAUUUAGCGGCGCUGACUCUCCUCACGACGCGCAAGCGACUCGACCGACGCAGCGAGCUUUUUCUUCGCCUCGUCGACCGCGUCGUGCACCAUCCGUCCCUCAGUCGUCCGCCCUACGUCCACCUUUUCCUUCACAGAUUCGCCGUCCUUGGGCACGCGCCUGCGCUCUGGAAGCUCGCGGCGACGCUUCCGUCGCUGCUGCCGCAGAUGGUGCCUUCGCACGUUGCGAUCUCGGCCUGGUCACUGGCAACCUGCUUCGUGGUGAUCGACAGUGUCUGGGACGAGAUCGGGCGGCUCGCGCUGGUCCACCUCGACGCGCUCUCCUUCACCGACGUCGCGAUGCUUGCUUGGGCAGUUGCACGCAUCGACCGGCGGAAACCGCAGGAGAUCCUCGCCCUCAAGAGCCGAGCUCUGACGAUUCUCGAGGCCACUCAGGACGUCCAGAAUCCUACGUCUACGCUUCCUGGACCCCGGUCUUCUGUCUCACCUUCCGCACCUUCUGAGGCGCCUUCCGCCGUCGCUCCUCUCGUUCCUCCCCACGAUUUGUGCAUGUUGUUUAGAGCGAUGGCGACGCUUCUCCCUCGCGACUUGCCGUGGCUCUUGCGUCUUCUCUACGUGAUCGCCGCGUCCGCCUGCGGCUCGGAGUCCCCUGUCUCCCCUGUCGUGUCUCCUGUCGUUUCGUCUGCCGUUUCUGCUUCGUCGCCGCUUCUUCCGGGGGAGGCUCCAGGUCUCGGGCCAGUCUCGGCUCGUCAGGAAGACACGAGCACCGAGAGACCCGAAGCGUCGAAGACACUCGCGGAAGAAGCGAGGCGAACGCAUUCUGCUGACGCGUCCUCGGGAGAGAACGGAGAGACAAACACGUGGGUUUCCGCGAGCCGUGACGCUGCCUUUGUCUCUGCUCCGCGGUUCUCCCUCAGCGCCCAAGUAGGCUGCGAACAAAGUUGGGAAGAAUCUCUUGAUCUUGCAGAGAAAACAGUUUUCGGCCGAACCUGCGGUGCAGGCUCGUUGAUCAGGAUCCCCGGGAGCAAACGCUGGAAUGAGGGAGACACCUUGUCAACCGUCAGCUGGAGCAAUCUCGGUCCUGUGCCGCCGUGCGUCGUCUGGCCGUGGCCAGGCGGGGCCUUCGGCAGCGCAAAAGUGGGCUACGCGAGAGAUUGGGUUUCCUUCCUUUCCCUGCAGGCUCUCACAGCCGUCUGGACUGCGAUCGCCGACGUUAAUCUCCUCUCCCACUUCCCCCUUGCGCCUCAUGCGCCUCUUCAAUCGCUCGCUACGGAGUCUCCCAACUUCCCGCCAUCGCCUCGGGCCUCUGUACAUACACCUGCGUUGACCGCUCUCUCGGCCUCUCCUUCUUCGCUAGCUUCGUCGAAGGUCGCGGCGCACUCUUCCACGUCUGCUGUCCCUUCCUUUCAGAGUUUGUUUGGCGAGCCGUUCAAGCGAGAGGAAGGGAGAAAGGUUUCCCGAUUUUCGUCUCGGCAGGCAGCUGGCGUGCGGUGGCUGCUCGACAGGCUGUGUGAGGAGACGCGCCUCCUCAGACUCGAUCACACUGUUAACACGAACAUGAUCGCGAAAAUUGCCGAGGCCAUGAUGAAACAGAAGUUCGUGGAUCCGCGCCUGAUCUACCAACUGAUCCACUUUGUCCACAAGCGCGGCGGUGAGCAACUGCAGCCGGAGCAAGUUCUGACGCUGGCCAAGGCGUUCACCGCUCUCGAGAUCACGGAUGAGAAGGCGUGGAAAAAACUCGCGCACCGGGCGCAAGCGACCGCGAUCGAAUUGAGUGCGCAGGAAGUCCAGGAUUUGCAGCGGCUCUUCCGGCGAGCAGGGUGCGGAAACCAACGCGUGGAGGGCUACCUCAGCCACUUUCUUUUUCUAAAAGACGACGUCGAGAGACACGGCCCCUUGUAG